AUGAAACUGGUAGUUUUGAGCGUGUGCCUGUCGGUUUUGGCUCUCGGAGCACCGGGACCAACUACUGCUCCCCAGGGAAACGUGUGCAAUUACAAGGCGCAGGGCGAUGAGUCCACGCAGAAAGCGGUGCCGAUUCAGGACUUUCGCUCUUCCGGACUCGAUUUUAUUCGGUAAAAACCUUCUCGGUUCUCGGUAGCAAACUGUCCGUUUUCAGUCCAAACUGGUGCAUCACUCAUUGUGCCGACCGAAAAUCGGUCAAGGCGGCCGUGCGCUUCCAGUUCGCCAACACCUCGACGGCAGUUCGUGAGUGACGGGGUACGGCGGUUGGGAUUACGGUAGACACAAUUCAGCCACCUACAAAGUGCGUCGCUUUCACCACAAAGAAUCGGGAGUCAAAAUCGAAAAAGAGCUGAUCGGCGGAGUGCCGAACGAGAGAGACGACGAUCCGUACAGUAAGACGACAAUAUCUAAACCAAUUUUUGCAUUUUUUAAAGACUUUUGCGCCGACAAUUCAGUUUCGGAUACUGUCGAUCAGGUCGUCGCGCAGUACGACGAUUUAGACACUAUGGCCGAGGCGCUGAACUAUUUCGUCAACAAACCACAGUGGGCGUUCUUGAUUUAUGAUGUGAGUUGGUGUAUCUUAGCAGCGGGCAGAGAUAUCAAAAAGUGGUCAACUGACGAAAUGUGCAAAAUUUUUUAAUGAACAUUUUAUCAGUUGACUACUUUUUGAUAUCUCUGCCGGCAAUUGAGUAAUAUCGUUUUGAAUAAACGGUACCCAACGGAUGUCUUUCUGUUUCCCGUCACGCUUUCAAAGUUCUUCAAUCGAACCUUUUUCAGAUGGGCAACCCGCCGAGCAUUAUUGAAACGCUCAAUGUGAAGCACGAUCUGAACUACUGCGAAAAGUUUCUCAGAAGCAGAUGCCAGACGGAUCGUUCGCUUUGUAUCAAGUGUUCGGUGGAAUGGUCAAGGCUUGA